AUGAAGUUCUCAACUGCAUCAGUCUCUGCCUUUUUGGCCGCCCUUGCUUCGGCCGCUCCCAGCCCUCAAAAUGUUCAAACCGUCACUGUUUACGGCAACCCCCAACAGACUGUGACUCAGGCUUCCAACACUUUCACCACCCAAGCUGCUGAGGUUUAUGACAAUGCUGCCAAUGCCGAUAACAAUGUUCUUGUUCAAACUGUUGUUGUUGAAAAGACUGUUGUUGUUGACCAGAAUGGUAACAUUGUUACUCUUCAGUCUCCUUCUACCGCUACCGCCGCUGCUGCCGAAACAGCUUCUUCCACCGCCUCAGUCGCUACCCCCAACUCUGCCGGUGCUUGGAACCAUAUUCACUCCCAUAGCUCGGCCAAUGGUGUCCAGGCUUCUUCUACAUCGCAAGUCUAUGUUCCUUCGUCAUUUGUCACCCUUUCUUCCAGCGCUGCUGCUGUUCCUUCUCCCUCAACUUCUUCAGUCGUUGUUGUUCCCUCAACUUUUUCAACUUCUUCAGUCGUUGUUGUUCCCACCACUUCUUCAACUCCUGUUGUCGUUCCCACAACCACUUCAACACCCGUUGUUGUUCCUACCACCACUUCUUCUACUCCCUCUUCUACUUCUACAGCUGCUGCAGUUGCUUCCGACACUGGCUCUAGCACCAAUCUCGACAGCUUUGCUUCUGAGUGUCUUUCUACCCAUAACAAGUACCGUGCUCUUCACUCUGCUCCUGAUCUUACAUGGAACUCGACUCUUUCUGAUUACGCCCAAAACUAUCUGAAUGGCCAGAACUGUGUCUUUGCUCACUCUGGUGGCCCUUACGGUGAGAACAUUGCCAUGGGCUAUUCUUCUGCUUCUGAUGCCAUUGCUGCUUGGUACAAUGAGGAAGAUCUUUACGACUACUCUUCUGGUCAGUACUCUUCUUCUACUGGUCACUUUACUCAGAUUGUUUGGACUAGCACCACUGCUCUUGGCUGUGCCACUUAUGACUGUGGUUCUAGCGGAUCUUUCCUUGUUUGCGAAUACUAUCCUGCUGGUAACGUUAUCGGAUACUUUACUGAAAACGUUUUUGCCAACAAGCGAAAGUAA